CAGUACUGAUGGAGGGAGGGAAGUUGUGAGGCGGCGAGAAGGGGAGAUAUCCCCUAAAAAGGCCAACCUAAGACCAUGGCGGAGGCCAAUCCUUUUAGGGGACUGCCCCGUUUGCGGAGGGCCGCGAUGUCCUUCCCAGGGAAUCUCCACCUGGUGUUGGUCUUGCGGCCCACCAGCCUCCUGCAGAGUCCCUCAGGCACCGGCACUGACUUGGGCUUCCGCUUCAGCCAGGAUGACUUCAUGCUCAAGAUGCCGGUGGUCAUGCUCAGCUCAGUUACAGACCUGCUUCGCUACAUCGAUGAGAACCAGCUGACCUCCGAGUUUGGUGGAACUCUGGAUUACUGCCAUAGUGACUGGAUUGUCCUUCGUACGGCUAUUGAGAGCUUUGCUGUGACGGUGAAGGAGAUAGCCCAGUUGCUCCAGUCGUUCGGCACGGAGCUCGCUGAGACCGAGCUACCAGAUGAGGCCGACGCCAUCGAGUUCCUCCUCAAAUCCCACACUGACAAAUACAGGCGGCUGAAAGAUGACAUCAGAUCUGUGAUGCGGGAGGGCCGCCACUUGCUCGCCAACCUGGAGGCCGCCAAGGCAGCGAAAGCUGAUGGACAGGAGGACAAAGAUAUCAAACAGGACUGGGACACAGUACAGAGGCUUCUGGCCCAACUACGGGACAUGGAGAUGGCUUUUGAUGGCUUUUUUGAGAAGCAUCACCUGAAGCUGCAACAGUACCUUCAACUGAUGAGAUAUGAGAUGAGCUUUCAUGAGAUGGAGGAGAUCCUGGACCAGCUGUCUGGUCAGGAGAAGGAGGUCGCUGCAGUGGGCGGGACAGUGGUCCAGACAGAACAGCUAUUAAAAGAUCUGGAGUCACUGGACACCCGUGCACAGGAAGAGAUGGGCCGUGCCCAGAUCAUCAUCCUGCGCGGCCACCAGCUGGCCACCAGUCACCACUACGCUCUGGCCCUGAUCGUCCAGCGGUGCAACGAGCUGCGGCACCACUGUGACGUGCUGACCACCGCCAUCCGAGCCAAACGGGCUGCCCUCACCCGCAUACGUGACCUGCUGCUGCGUCUGGAAGAGGCCCGGCGCUGGUGUGACGAGGGGGCUUACCUCUUAGCCAAUCAGCUGGUGGAUAAGUUCCAGUCCAAGGAGGGAGCUCAGGGAGCGCUGCAGGAUAUAGAGAGACACCAAGAGGAGGCACCGUCGUGUCUGAGCCAAAGCCCUGAUGUCCUCAGUCUGGAGUUUGAGGCCAUCCUGACCCCUCAGCUACAGUCUCAGAUUGGGGUGGCCACUGAGAAGCUGUCUGCCAUGCAGAGAAUGAUCCACAACAGACAGGCAUGUCUGAGGAAGCUGGCUGACAUUCAGGUGCGGCCCAUCCAGCUGGUGGCCCCUCGGCCUGAGCACUCUCCCCGAUGCAAAUCCCCUCUCUUCUCCCCCAAACACAGUGUAGAUUUCAACUCGGUUCUCAACUCAAGGUUCUCUUUUGACCUCUUACCUGGCAAGAGGGCAGCUCGGAAAAGCCCUAGAAAGAUAGAGGUGAUGCAUGACUAUGAGGAGAACCGCAACUGUCUCUCCUACGGCCAGGAGGGAGAGGAGAGCCCAGACCAGCUGAAACGACACAUAAUGAAAGAGCUUAUUGAGACAGAGAGGAUCUAUGUAGAGGAGCUGCUGUCUGUUUUGCUGGGUUACAGAGCAGAGAUGGAUAACCCCGCCCUCUCCAACCUACUGCCCUCUGUCCUGCGCAGCAAGAAGGAGGUCCUCUUCGGGAAUAUGCCAGAGAUCUACAACUUCCACAGCAGAACCUUUCUCCAGGACUUGGAGGGGUGCCUGGAGACUCCUGAGAGAGUUGGAGCAUGCUUUCUACAACGGAAAGAAAAGUUUCAGGUGUAUGAGCGCUACUGUCAGAACAAGUCACACUCUGAGUUGCUAUGGAGACAGUGCUCUGCUUCGCACUUCUUCCAGGAGUGUCAGAAGAAGCUGGAGCACAAACUGGGGUUGGACUCGUACCUACUGAAGCCAGUCCAGAGGCUGACUAAGUACCAGCUGCUGCUGAAGGAGCUGUUGAAGCACAGUGCAGACAGUGAUUAUAUCUCUGAGCUGCAAGGGGCACUAGAGGCCAUGCUGGAUCUCCUCAAGUCUGUGAACGACUCCAUGCACCAGAUCGCCAUCACAGGUUAUGAGGGGGAUCUGAGUGACCUGGGUCGGGUGCUGAUGCAGGGCUCCUUCAGUGUGUGGAUCAGCCAUAAAAGGGGCCCCACGAGGAUGAAGGCCCGUUUCAAACCCAUGCAGAGGCAUCUCUUCCUGCAUGAGCACGCUCUGCUCUUCUGCAAGCGCCGUGAGGAGCAUGGGGAGGCCCACGACCGCACCCCCUUCUACAGCUUCAAGCACUGCCUGAGGAUGACUGCUGUUGGGAUCACUGAGAAUGUCAAAGGAGAUGUGAAAAAGUUUGAGCUCUGGUACAGUGGCAGAGAGGAGGUGUAUAUUGUUCAGGCCCCUACGUUCCAGAUCAAGAUCGCCUGGCUCACCGAGAUCAGGAAAAUUCUCACCAACCAACAGAGGCUCCUCCAAGAAGACAUCCCCCCUAUUCAACUCUCAGAGCAGACUCCUCUGUCUCCUCCCUCUACUGACAGUCUGGCUCAUAUGUCGGUGUGCAUGCCGUGGAGUCCCGGGCAGAUCACUGGCUGCUCAGGUUGUUUUGAUGUCCUUCCUCACAGUAAGCCUCCAGACCAGUCCCUCAGCACAGAGGAGGCCGAGUCGUCAGGCCGCACCAGCCCCGUCCUCACAGACCCCGUGGUCUUCUCCCCCCAGCCCCAGCACAACAAUCGACGCAGUUGGCCUGGCACCUCCCAGUCAGUGGAUGUCUGUGAGGGUCUGGAGGACUGGAGCACCACUGACCUGUCCAACCUGUCAGACUCUGACGAGGAUGACGACCCUACUCCAUUGGUUCCUGGGAGGUACAGGGCCCUGGUGGAAAGUAGUGUGUGUAGUACAGAUGACUUCAUCAUUAAGUGCGGUGAUGUCAUCCAGCUGCUACAUCAGGACACUGUAGGGAAAUGGCUUGUGAGGAAUGUCAGUCGUUGUGAUGAGGGUCGGGUCUCAGCUGAUAACCUGCACAGGAUUCUGGGAGAGAGUAGCCGUGCCCACUCAGGCAGGAUGGAAGGGAAUGAGAAAACCCGGAAGCUCAGCUCUCUCUGAAUGAACCAUGUGCCAUCCAUCCAUCGUCCGGACACAACUUCUGUCAUCACAACUGUUGUCCUGCUAUCAUUCGCAUCCAAGGUCUUCUUUCCUGGAGUCUCCAGGGGCCUUGAACAUGCUGCCUGAGACUGACCAGUCAUCAAUCAAACCAGAGGAUCUGAAGGGUCAACUAUGCCUUCUUACCAUCCAUCUCCAGUAAUUUAAUACCAAUGGAAUAAUUGAUACCAUAUUAAUACCAUGAUGAUAAACCACAAGGACAUCUUUUUACAUUUCCUCCAGAGGGUGCAUGUGUUGCCGUGCAAUGUUAGGGUAAAAUCCCUACCCACGUCAAGCAAACAACCUCAAGCACAAGGCAAUGGACUGAGUCUACUUUCCAACCCCAGGCAGCAUCACAACAUCACCCUUAAAGUACCGCAAAUCAUCAGAGAGAUAGGAUCUUCAUUUUCCUGCGGAUGAGGUGCAUGAACUGUUUCCAGUCCACUUUAUGAAUAUUUACUUAGAAAAGGACUGUUUUACUUCUGUUACAGUGAAGGUGAAUCAAUCUCUAUUUUUUUACAUUUGUGUAUAACUAUCAUGGUUCAUGAGAGACCAUAACAGAUUUCAACAUUUCAUCAAUGCCAGUUUAUGUGCCAAAACAUUGACAGUUUCCCUGUCUUCUUUAUUUGUUACAACAGCCUCAUUUUGUACCACUCCCAUUAUCCCCAAUUACUAUGGUAAAUAGCUUACAUUUCAGUGUGAAAGCUAACAGCAAGCAAACCGUGCCAAGCUUUGUAUUUCUAUGCUCACUGUUCUGCAUGAAUGUCAACAGGGUGUUGCCAGUGGUCAGUUCCCAGUUGAACAUUGCCUAAUGCUUCUUUUUAUGUGCACUGCAAUUUUGUACCAGUAGGGGGUGGUGUGUCAGUAAUCUGACCAUUGACGUGAGAGGAGGGUCCUGCAGUGCUGCUGCUGCUUCUGCUGCUGAGCGAGUGUGAUGAAUGGAUGUUGCAGCUUAUAUGUAAAUUCUCCACAUUGGCGGACGUUGGGGAUUCAUGUAAAUGUACAGAGAAUUUAAUGUGCAUAUAUGAUAUGGAUGGAAAUUAUUUUACCAAAUACAAGCACAAGAUAAUCUGA